ACGCGGCAUUUCAGCAGCCGUAAAAAAUGCCACAGGCAGCAAAGAUCGUUCUCCUGCUGUUAUUUGGACAAUAUGUCUACUCUCAGGAGAAGGAAUGUAUAAAAUCAUCAGUGGUGUCUUGUAAAGACUGCAUAAAUUCUGGACCAGGAUGUGCUUGGUGUCAGGAAUUGAAUUUCACAAAGACUGGGGAGCCAGAAGCAGUACGAUGUGAUACAGAGGAAAAGCUUAAAGAAAAAGGUUGCUCACAACAAAAGAUAAUCAGCCCAACCAGUCACUUGGAAAAUGUUGCGAACAAACCACUGUCAGGGUCAGACAGGACGAAAAACCCAGUUCAGGUGCAGCCACAAGAAAUUAAACUCAAUUUACGACCAGGUCAAGCCUUCACGUUCAAUCUCCAAUUUAAAAGGGCAGUGGGUUACCCUGUUGAUCUGUACUAUCUGAUGGAUUUGUCAUACUCAAUGGAGGAUGACUUGACGAAUGUGAAAGAUUUGGGAAUACAAAUACUUAAACGCCUGCAGCAAAUCACUGGAAAUGCAAGGAUAGGCUUUGGCUCAUUUGUUGAUAAAACACUUCUUCCGUUCACUGACACAACCGAAGAGAAGUUAAAAAAGCCCUGUCCAGCCAAAGCAAAACAAUGUCAGCCAGCAUUUGGCUAUCAUCAUGUCCUCAGCCUGACACAGAAUGAGACACUUUUCAGUACAAUGGUGUCUGGACAGGAAAUAUCUGGCAACUUGGACACACCAGAGGGAGGCCUGGAUGCCAUCAUGCAAGUCGCCACCUGUGUGAAUAAGAUCGGCUGGGGAAACAGCACGCGGCUGCUGGUGCUUGCCACUGAUGCUGGUUUCCACAUGGCAGGUGAUGGGAAACUUGCCGGCAUCCUCGAACCCAACCAAGAGACUUGUCAGCUGGAUAAUAAAAACAUCUACAGCAUGAGCAACAAUUGGGAUUACCCAUCUGUUGGUCAGAUAGCCAGGAAGUUGGAAGAGGAAAACAUACAGCCUAUUUUUGCUGUAACUGAAGAUGUGUCACACAUAUACCAAGAGCUGAGUAAACUGAUUCCUAAAUCGGAAGUUGGAGUACUGAGUUCAGAUUCAAGCAAUGUGGUAAAACUAAUUGUGGAUGCAUACAACAAACUCUCCUCUAAUAUAAUUGUGACCCAUGAUGGACUCCCAGAAGACAUAUCAGUAACAUUCACAUCUAAUUGUCCGGGAGGAGAGAAGCCUAGUGAUAGGGGGACAUGCAACAAUGUCGCCAUUGGACAAGUGGUGACUUUCAGUGUAACUGUAAAGGCAGCAAAAUGCCUAGAUAAAGCAUACUUUCAAAUUGGUCCACUGGGAUUCAGUGAAAAACUGAAGGUUAACAUUAAGACACGAUGUGAGUGUGAGUGCGACAACCAGCCUGGUGUACAGCUGUACUGUAAUCAACAUGGCACAAUUGUCUGUGGCACAUGCAGCUGCGUCCCUGGCUUCCUGGGACAGCGGUGUGAGUGCAGCUUGGGUCAGAAAGAUGAGGCUACUCUAAAGGCUCAAUGCCGCAAAGACAAUGGGACAGAGUGUGAGGGCCGUGGAGACUGCGAGUGUGGAGUGUGCAAGUGCCACCAAACCGAGGGGGGCAAAUCCUACUAUGGUCCUCACUGUGAAUGCGAUGAUGAACACUGCGAAAAGUACCAAAACAAACUGUGUGGAGGUAAUGGGGACUGCAGAUGUGGAGUAUGCAAAUGCAACGAAGGCUAUGAAGGAACAGCCUGUCAGUGCAAGAAAUCUAAUGAAUUUUGCGAGACGGGAAAAACCAUAUGUCAUGGACGUGGCAAGUGUGUGUGCAACCAGUGUGUUUGCGAGAGGCGAUACAAGGGAAUCACAUGUGAGACGUGUCCCACUUGUGAAUUACCAUGCCAAGAGUCGGGGAGUUGUGUUGAAUGCAAGGCAUUUGGGACGGGACCAUUUGAGAAGACAUGCAACGCGUCCUGCUACCACCUUGACGUUGAAGUAGUUGAAAAACUGGCAAAAAGGGAGUGCCAAGUGAAGGACAACGAGGGCUGCCGGAUGAUCUUCUCAAUGACUGAGCAAGAUGGAUUUGACAAAUAUAUUGUGAAAGUCCUUAAAGACAGAGAAUGUCCCGAGGGGCCAAAUGUUGCACUCAUCGUGGGUGGGUCUCUGGCUGGUGUGGCACUGAUUGGACUUCUACUCCUCAUCCUCAUUAAGGCACUAUUCUAUUUCAAAGACCUCAAAGAGUGGAAGAAGUUUGAAAAGGAAGCACAACGCCGUCAGUGGGCAAAAGGUGAAAAUCCAUUAUUCCAAAAGGCAACAACAACUGUUGCAAAUCCAGCAUUUACUGGAGACUCUUAAGGUAGUAGUAGAUCAGUAGUGGAGGAAAACUGAGUUAUUUAAAAUAAAUCCACUAUAAAUGCAUUACACAUUUAUAAUCCAGCACUCAAGCAUGCUCUUCCAGUCCACAUUUUUGCAUCAUCCUCUGUGCUGGUUAAUUAACAUUGUAACUUGAACAUCUGAGCACAGUAAUCAGUGUUCUGUAGCCCAUGAUUGCUUCUGAGGGACUUGGAUUGGGAUCCUUGGAGAAUUGAUUUGUGGCUGUGAAAUUGUAUUUUGCUUACCUCUUAUUCAAUGGUUUAAUGUUUUAAUGUGCCUUUCUAAACCGGUUCCAACGCUUUAACGUUCUAAUGUGCUUUGCUAAAUUGCUGUUCAGCAUCAGUUCCUUGUAUAUAAUUAUCUGUUGUGGCUUUUGUGUAUGAUCAUUUGUAUGUACUAGUAAUGUGUGUAUAAAGCACAUUUAAAAUCUAAAUGAAAUGUCCUACUUAAAA